UGGCCGUUGCCCGUUGCGACUCCACAGGUCCCAGUUGCUUCUGCUCGCCAUGGGCAGGAGCCGCAGCCGCCGGCGCCGGCGCUCCAGGUCACGCCGCCGCCCGAUCGAGUGCGGUGAAAGCGAUGAGGAUCCAAAUGCCUUGUUCAGGAUAGAGCUGUUGCCAGGGCGACGCCGGGACCCGUAUCCCAGCUUCGACCUGCUGGUGGAGGAAGGCGAUCAACAGGUGCAGGUGCCACACGUAUGCUCCCGACCUGACGAGGCCUACGUCAUCCGCGUCACCAAUGAUUCCCGCCGGCACGUUGCCUGUGCGGUGACAGUGGACGGGGAGAAUGCCCUGCUCCGAGACGGGAGCCUCAUUGUUGCGCCUGGGGACUGCCGGGAGCUUCAGGGGUAUCUGGUCUCCAAGAACUUUGUGGGCAAGGAGUACGUCAAGGAGUACCGCGACUUCCUUUUCGGCAAGCCCAAGGUGAUCGAGGAAUCCGGCAAGAACGAGGAGCCGUCCAUGCCCUACACCGCGUACGGGCGCAUCGUUUGCGAGGUCUACGAGGCGGAGCUGGACGAAGAGGUGGAUUCCGACCAAGAGCUUCGCGGGCAGACCACGCACUACCGGGGCGCCGGGCUGCACGGCAGCAACGAGGAGCGACUGGUGCCCGAAGGGAAAAAGAAGCAUUUCAUGUACUCUGCCGUGACUGUUCAGGGCAGCCGCUCCACCAUCGCCAACUCCACCAGGGGUCGUUGGUGGGUCCGGGGCCGGACCAAGCUCAGGACGCUGGAGCUGCGAUACCGGGAGCUCCAUACGCUCAUGCUCCUAGGGGUGGACCGGAAGCGCCUGGGACUGGAAGAGGAGGAAAGUGCUGUGAAGUACGAGAAGAAGGAGGAGGAGGAUGAAAAGCCCAAGCUUUUUGAUGAUUCGCAGAUUGAGACCUGCGACCUGACAAACGAAGAGGGCGCCUUCUGGACCACUGAGACGGCGCCAGAAAAGGUACGGCCAGUGGAUGUGUCUUAGGCGGCUUCGAGCCCAUCCGAACAGGCUGGGUUCCCAAAGUGACUCUGAUCCCGAGAAGUCAGGUGUCCCCCA